UAUGCCGCAUCUCAGACAGUAUAAAGUUAUACUUCUGCUCAGCUUCACUUCCACCACCACUUUAACCGCUCUGCUAAGUAUCGCCGCCGCCGCUCUACUUUCUGGUGCAUUGUCACUUCAGCAUUUUACUUGGUUCAAUAAGUUAGAAGAUCCGGAGAAGGAAAAUGUCAGGUGAGGAUGCUGCUGUUGCAGAGGCUCCAGCACCAGCUCCAGCUCUGGGAGAGCCUAUGGAUAUCAUGACUGCAUUGCAGCUGGUAUUGAGAAAGUCAAGGGCUCAUGGUGGGCUUGCUCGAGGGCUCCAUGAGGCUGCUAAGGUUAUUGAGAAGCAUGCAGCUCAGCUCUGUGUUUUGGCAGAGGACUGUGACCAAGCAGAUUAUGUUAAAUUGGUGAAAGCCCUGUGUGCUGACCAUAAUGUCAGCUUGAUCACAGUGCCUAGUGCUAAAACUUUAGGCGAGUGGGCUGGACUCUGUAAAAUUGAUUCUGAAGGAAAAGCAAGAAAGGUGGUUGGUUGCUCCUGUGUUGUUGUGAAGGAUUAUGGAGAAGAAAGCGAGGGCCUUAACAUAGUUCAGGAAUAUGUGAAAUCCCACUAGAGAUGGGUUGAGGACGAAGUCCCUUUUUUAUAGAAAGAGCCUUUUUCUGAAUUUGAUCUACUUUGGUAGCCUCAUUUUUCCCUAUGUUAGUUUAGAACUCUUUCCAAGUCAUUUAGAGGGUUGAAAGAUUGGGAAAAUAUAUUUAUUUGCUAUUUUCUGAAACUUCCAACUCUUGGAACUAUUUUUCAUCCUCUUUCCUUUAUCGUUCAUCUCCUACUGCUCUCAUUUGAUUGGCUCUUGAGCUUGCUUUUAUA